CGGAACUCCAUGGCUUUCUCGUUAGGACGUAAGCCUGUGACUUGGUGCUUAGAACACAAGGGCACGCCAUGCCAUGUCUUUGUUUCUGACAGGAUCCCGAGGUACGGAGCCCAUCACGCAUUGUGCUGCCCUCGUUCGUGUACCGCGCCAUGGUCAAAUCCACGUUUUUGGACUAGAAAACUAGGGUACACAUACCUACGCCAGCCAUGAUGUAGUUGUCCCUCGUCCGUUUCUCUCCCGGGCUGCCCUACUCCCUUCUUGCCUUUCAUGGCGUCGGUCUCUGCGCUUAGUUUACUUUGAUUGCUUUGUUAAUGAUGGUUUGGUUUCCUUUGCUGGCUUUCCUCGGUCUCUCUCUCUCUCUCUCUCUAUAAAUACGUGAAGCCUGAGAUCUUCUUCUUCUCGUAACACUGACACCACUCUCGUGGGAGCUGCUGCUUCUCUCGGUACUAGGGAACUCUUGUUCAUGGAAUCCAAGGCAGACAACGGGUGGUUCGUGUUGCUUUCCGUAGCCGCCAAAUGCGGUGAGCUCUCGACCGACCCCGCCCAUCUUCUCUCUCUCGCUGUCGUCGUUGCGGUCUGCUGGCUCGCCACUCUCCUGCUGCACUGGGCCUCCCCCGGUGGCCCCGCGUGGGGGAGGUACUGGUGGAGCAGGCGGCGGCUGUGGGGCUUCGGCCAUGUCAUCCCGGGUCCCCGGGGAUUCCCCGUCGUCGGGAGCAUGGACCUGAUGUCUGGCCUCGCCCACCGGAAGCUCGCGGCCGCCGCUGACGUCGUCCCUGGCUCCAGGAGGCUUAUGGCGCUCAGCCUCUGCGACACCCGAGCGGUCGUCACCUGCGACCCGGACGUAGCCAGGGACAUCCUCAACAGCCCCGACUUCGCCGACCGGCCGGCCAACGAGACGGCCUACGGGCUUCUGUUUGACCGCUCCAUCGGUUUCGCCCCCUACGGCGCCUACUGGCGCGCCCUGCGGAGGAUCGCAGUCACGCACCUCUUCUCCGCCAAGCAGAUAUCCGCGUUCGCCAGCCACCGAGCUGAGAUCGCCGCUCAGAUGGUUCGUGCCCUCGACCACCUCGUCUCUCGGCCUGUCCAAGUACGGAACAUCGUGAAACAGGCAUCCCUCAACCACGUCAUGUGGUUCGCCUUCGGGAAGCAGUACGCGAUCGAGCAGGAUACCGAGGAGAUGAGGGAGCUGAGAAGCAUGGUAGAAGAAGGCUACGAGCUCCUGGGCAAGCUCAACUGGUCGGACCACCUGCCAAUGCUCGCCGGCCUGGACCUGCAGCGAAUCCGGCAUCGCUGCUCCGCCCUCGUCCGCCGGGUCGACCGGUUCGUCACCGGCAUCAUCGAGGAGCACCGAGCACGGCGGGCGCGCGACCCGGAGGCGGCUCCGCGGGACUUUGUCGACGUUCUGCUGUCCCUGCAGGGCCCCGAUAGGUUAUCCGAUCCCGACAUAAUCGCCGUCCUUUGGGAGAUGAUAUUUCGGGGUACGGACACCGUCGCGGUGCUGGUGGAGUGGGUGCUCGCGAGGCUAGUGAUGCACAAGGACGUGCAGGCGAGGGUGCACGAGGAGCUGGACGCCGUCGUGGGCAGAGACCGGGCGGUGACGGGAACCGAUGAGUCGGGGCCACUGCUGUACCUGCAGGGGGUUAUCAAGGAGACGCUGCGGAUGCACCCGCCGGGCCCGCUGAUGUCGUGGGCCCGCAUGGCCACAUCGGACGCGAUCGUCGGCGGGGCCCUCGUGCCCGCGGGCACCACCGCGAUGGUGAACAUGUGGGCCAUCUCCCACGACCCCGCGGUCUGGCCGGAGCCGCUCCGGUUCGAUCCGGGCCGGUUCCUGGGGCCAGACGGGCACGCGGUCGAGCUGCCGGUGAUGGGGUCGGACCUGCGGCUGGCGCCGUUCGGGGCCGGGCGGCGGAGCUGCCCUGGGAAGGGACUGGCCAUGGCGGCCGUCGAGCUCUGGGUGGCGGCGCUGGCGCACGAGUUCGAGUGGCUGCCGGCGUCCGACGACGUGGCGGCUGGUGGAGUCGACCUCUCGGAGGUGCUGCGACUGUCCUGCGAGAUGGCGGCGCCAUUGACCGUAAGGCUGCGGCGGCGGGGGCCCGCUUGAUGGACGGUGAUGUUGUCGGAGGACGUACACGUGCAGUUGCGUCGAUAGUAACUACGUUAGCUACUGCGAAGUCUUAGUCGUCUACUUUUCUCAUGUUGCUGUCACUUCUCUCUCUUCUUCUCUAGUGGGGAAUUGUAUAAGCUUUGAAAACUGCACUAUAUGUAUAAUUAUAUAAAUGAAAAAUGUAUAAUAUAAAAAAUACCAUCAAGUUUGACUUGACAA